AUGCGCUUUCCCAACCAGUCAGCCACGUUGCAGGCUCUGUGCGAGGUGUCGGGUGUAGCAAGAAUCAAAGUAGAAAACGCACAUGACUACCAGGACGUCACCAGCAUGGUGGCAAUGGCCAAGACCUAUGCCACCACGGAGGCCUUCAUCGACUCCAAGUACGACAUCCGCAUCCAGAAAAUCGGGUCCAACUACAAGGCUUACAUGAGAACCUCCAUCUCUGGAAACUGGAAGGCCAACACAGGCUCUGCCAUGCUGGAGCAGGUGGCCAUGACAGAGAGGUACAGGCUGUGGGUAGACAGCUGCUCAGAAAUGUUUGGCGGCCUGGACAUCUGCGCUGUCAAGGCCGUGCACAGCAAGGAUGGCAGAGAUUACAUCAUUGAGGUGAUGGACAGCUCGAUGCCCCUGAUUGGAGAGCACGUGGAAGAGGACAAACAACUGAUGGCCGACCUCGCUGUCUCCAAAAUGAGCCAGUUCCUGAUGCCAGGGGGCACAGUGCCCUCGCCCCUGAGGCCCUGGGGCACCAGUCAAUAG